UGGACUGUCGGCACGGGUCUUGUUGGCGCGCCGGCCUGCGGCGACGUGAUGAAGCUGCAGCUCAAGAUUGGGAAGGACGGCAAGAUCGAGGACGCCGUCUUCAAGACGUUUGGCUGCGGCUCUGCGAUUGCGAGCUCGUCCUUCACCACCGAGUGGGUCAAGGGCAAGUCCAUGGACGAGGCGAGUAAGAUCCAAAACUCAGUCAUCGCGCAGCACCUCAAGCUGCCGCCCGUGAAGCUGCACUGCUCCAUGCUCGCCGAGGACGCCGUCAAGGCCGCCAUCAAGGACUACCAGUCCAAGCAGGAGGGUCGGGCGGCGGCAAGUGAGGAGUACAAGCCGGAGCCCGCCUCGGCGGCCGCGCAGUGAGCUGCUGGCCAUCCACGGCGCCUUCCUGCCGCCCGGCGACAGCCGGCGCCAACCUCGAAACUCGCGCCUCGCGCGCGCCCCCCCUGGAACUUUCCUUCAACCUUCCUGCGCUUGAUCGCACACCGCCAGCAUUUUCCGCCCCGUGUCUUGUCUGUCCUGUGCCGCCACACGCGCAAAGCCGCCGCUGUUAGUUCGUCGCCCCCCGCCCCCCGGUCCUCUGUGGAGAGUUAGUCUGCCGCGUGCAACCGUGUGGGUCACAGAUGAGUACUUGU